UUCCGGGGCGGGCGGCGAGAUGGCGGCCGCCGGUGAGGAAGCCGAGACGACGGACUGGGCGCUGCCGCCGGAGGUGGAGGUGCUGGAGUCCAUCUACCUGGAGGAGCUGCAGGUGGCGCGGGGCCUGGGCAGGUGGGAGCCCUGGGAGAUCAGCAUCACCCUGCACCCUGCCACGGCCCAGGACCAGGACUCGCAGUACGUCCGCUUCACCCUGGUGCUCUCCGUGCCCCCUCAGUAUCCUGAUAAAGCUCCAGAGAUCUCCAUCAGGAAUCCACGGGGGCUGUCAGAUGAGCAAAUUCAAAAGAUUUCCCAGACCCUCAGAAGUGUUGCUGAAGCCAGGCUGGGGACAGAGGUGCUCUAUGAACUGAUCGAGAAGGGAAAGGAGAUCCUCACUGACAACAAUAUUCCUCAAGGACAGUGUGUAAUCUGCCUCUAUGGAUUCCAGGAGAAAGAAGCCUUCACAAAGACCCAUUGCUACCACUACUUCCACUCCCACUGUCUGGCCCGCUAUGCCCAGCACAUGGAGGAGGAGAUCCUCAUGCAGCAGGAGGAGAGAGAGCAGCAUCUUGCACCAUCCCCCAAACAGGAAGCUGGUGUGCAGUGCCCUGUCUGCCGGGAGACCCUGGUCUACGACCUCUGUGCUCUGAAGGCAGCGCCGCCCCCGCAGCACCCUCUGGAGCCAUACAGGCCAGAUACCAAAGUGCUGCAGCACCAGGAAGAACUGCGCCUGAUUUUCAAGAGACAGCAAGAGAAAGGGGGAAUCAUCGACCCCGAGGCAGAGAGGAACCGGUAUUUCAUCAGUCUCCAGGCGCCUCCAGCUGCUGUGGAUCCAGCCACUGCCUCUGAGCUGUCGGUGAGUGCCCGCGCUGCAGACGUGCCCCUGCCCCCCAGCCAGGCCUCGGCUCCUGAGCCAACUGGGGCAUCAGAGGCCAGGGUGGAACCUGGGCAGCCUGAGAGGUCUGCUGUGCCCAGAGAGCAACUGAGCAAGAGGGAGAGGCACAGAGGGGAGAGGCCAGGCUCCAGAGGCCGGGGCAGGCAGCUGUGCAGUGGCUCACAGGAAUCAGGAGAGGAAGCCUGUCAUCCACUCCAUGGCUCCAGGGGGCCCAGGGUCUUCAGCCAGAGACCAGAGCGUAGACCUGCUGGACGGCACAGCCAGGAGUUUUCAAAACCUCACAGUAGAAACAGGGCUGCUCCCUUGGCUGAAAGAAAGGAGUUGUGCCAUGAAGACUCCUCACCAGCAACAGAAACUGUGGACUUGAAAGAGGAACACCAUGAGAAAUGGAGCACAGAGGAGGGGACUGAGGCCCGGGGCAGGAAAAAGGAGAAUCUGAUGUUCAACCACAGUGACCACAAAGCUGCCCCCAAUUGGCAGGGCCACCAUAGGCCCUGGGAUUGUGGAAGAUGGGAGAGGUCCAGAGUUCAGGAGCGUGGUUCCUACCCCAGAGCACCAAGAGGGCGAGGGGCGUUCAGGCCCAGUGGACAUCGAGAAGCCCAUCUUGAGAAGGAGAGUGGCUCCUAGCAGGAAUGAUGAGGGGCUGGGGUGAGGGAAAAAAGGGCUGUUAAUAGGGAGAACAAUGAAGGCUCUGAUGAAGUAGUAGCAAGCAGAUACUGUACCCCCUGGAAGGGAGGAGGCAGAUGGAUCAUGGGACAGCUUGGGACAGGCAGUGUCACCAGUGUAAACGUUGCAGAUUUAAGCACACUGUUAAUGCAGUGUAAAGCAUCCUGGCAUGAGCAGCUGGCUGUUACCAGCACUGAAGAAGUGGAAUCUUGACAGAUCAUAUCAGCCUUGGUCUCAGAGGACCCAGAAGAGGUAGCUUUGGAGAUCUGCAGCCAUCUCCCUGUAGGUGAAAUGCCAAGAAAUGUGCACACCUACAGAGCAAAGAGACUGAGCCCCACAUGGUGCCAUGGCAGAGCCAAAGUGUGGCUAGACCUUCCCCAGAAGCCAAGGGAGCUGUGAUGGUGCCAAGUGAUGGGACUGUGCCAGGGCAGUAUCUUGGGGCUCAGCUCUACUUGCUCUGUCCCUCAUUCCUUCUCAAGAGCACCUUCUCAACUGCUGGGAUUGGCCAGGCAAGUCCUUAUUACACAGGAUAUUGCCCAGUCCCAACCAAGAGAUCCAAGUUAAGCUUCAGUCAACAGAUUGGCAGGUCAUGGCUGUCUGGGGGCUUAGGCUUCACCUUGGCUCCUGCUUCUCCAGGAAGCCCAUAUUUAGCUGGAGCUCCUGCCUGUCUUUCAGCUGCUUUUGUGCAGGCUGAAGCUGAUGGGAUGGGGAAACUCAGAAGAGAGUACUCUGCUUUGUAACCUGUAUGUGUCAGAAUCCCCCUCCAAGACCAGGCUGUCUCUUGGCACUUCUGACAACCCAGAAGUGAAAACAUGCCCAGUAUUUUGGAUACUGCUACCAUCCUGAAAUCUUCAAGCUGAUAUUGCUUAAAUGAGGAUUUGCUGUUUAAACUAACUUGGUACAGUUACACCUGCUGCUGCUCUACAGAUGUGUCCCAAUCCAAAGCCAUGAAGAGUGAUCCCAUUGCCCCAAGUGGGGCAAUGCUAUUAAAUUAGUUCAUUGGGUCUUCUCCAGAGCCUGCUCCCUUUGUUUUCUCUACCCUCUCGCUCCUGUUUGUUGCUUUCUGGAGCAAAGGUGUUGAUCCCUGGUAUUUCUCAAUUACUUCCCUGUUCCCUACAACCAGGGCUGAGGCAAAGACCUUCCCCUGGCACUCCUGGAUGGCAGGAGGGCUCCCUGCUUUGCCUGGCUUAGUGUAAGUUCUCUGCCUCACCUGGCCAAUACUGAUUCCUUCACACUUGUUUGUGCCUUUUCCCCACCUCUUGUGCCCACAUGUAGAUUGUUACUUCUGCUAAAUGCAAAAAUUGCAGUGCUACAAUGGACUUCACAAAAUUGUGAGAUCCCUAGGAAAGCAAUGGCUGUGUGUAGUAGGAGGGCAUUUGCAAGUGCACACAUCUGUCUGGCUGAACUUUAGCACAUGAAAGUUGCACUACCCCCUUUCUUGACUGAGAACAACUUAUCUGCUGCCCUGCUUACUCCAUGCAUGGACCUGAAGAGGUUGUUUUAACCUGCUGCCCAAGAACCUUCUGUGCUUAAAUUUCCAGCACUGGUCUAUUUUUAACCCUAACACCAUAAAAUCAUUCUUUUUUUCUCUCUCCUUGGCCUGAGCCUACACUACCUGUCCUGGGCUGGGUGAUCUGAGGAUGACAGCUGAGCAUUUGUGCCCUGAAGACAGCCCUAUUUUUUCUUCAGUGCUCUCUUUGUGCUUGUUCAGCUGGUUUCUAGGAGAAUAGCCUGCUCACACUUGGGUGAAAAGGCAUAAACUUUACCUGACAUUGGUGCUUGUUCUGCUGCCUCCUGCCUUCACUGGUGAAACUGCUGUGCUCCAAGAAAGGCAUUUGAUUGUGUCCUGAAAGAAACAUGGAAGAUCUCUGCCCCUCAGAGCAGCUGAAGCUCCUCAGCUUCCUCUGGUGAGCCAGGAUUAUUCUCAGCAGGAAAGUUGCUGUGCCAUGUUUGGAGCAUGGGAAUUCAGCCAUGGAAAUCAGAGUGAGGACUUGGAUAACUUUAAUCAAAUACCACACGUGUUGGUGGGAAGGGAUUUUUCCCUGGGAAUAGUGCUUUAGGAGAGGUCCUCUCUGACUCACUGCUGUCAGCCUGGAGCAGAGAGCAUUUUGCAACAGUAUGUGGAAAUGAAUUUGGGAUAAAUAAACCAAACCUCCAGGUCAGAGGGGAUGAAAAGAGCCUGCAUGCUGGCCUAAGUCCUCUUGCUUGGUGUCCACCUGUAUCACCUACCUCACAAGGCUGUUGUGAGGCUUAACUCGGGCUGGGCAGAAGGGCACUGACAGCAUCUGUAGCAUUAACACUAUUAAAAAGCAAGCAAUGAGA